GCUUAUUUCUGCGGUACCGGCACUGUGAAUUUGAAAAUUUCUUAAUUCUUUUCUCCUAGUGGUAGCCGGUAACAAGAGCUUUUAAAUACCUGCGUUGUUUUUCGACUCAGCGAAACACGUUGGAUAACGUGUUGCCAGUUUUUGUCAAAAUGGCCAGAAUCCCGGUUGCCUUGAUUUGCCCGUUCCUGAUUGUCCUCGUGUUCGUCGCUCAACAAUGCUCAGCCAACUCCGGCGAGUACACCAACGUCAGAGCUGUCAGGAGGAUGUCCAAGGGAUGCGCUUUGUGGGGCCAGGCCUGUCUGGGAGGUCACUUCAAGAAGCGCUCCAAUAUCAACAGCCCUGAUAUCCAGGACGUCUUCUACCCAUGGAGAAACUCCCAGUUGAACACUCCACCAUUGUUCGACGACACGGAAACCGGGGCCGCUGGCGAUAUCUACAACAACAAUCCGCUUAAUAAUUAUCCGUGGAAUGCCUAUCGCUUUCGACGCUCGAUCCGCGUUUAAUGGACAGUGUGCAGUUCGUUUCCGGUUGUGUGUUCAUCAUAUGGUCACAAUCAUAUUCAUCUUGCAUAUAUAUGCAUGUGUGCUUGGCGGGCCGGGGAUAAAUAAGCAAUUUAAAGGUCAUGCACCGUUUACAUCGCUGGGAUAGUUCUCCUCAGUGCAGCACAUAGCACCUCGCAAUGCAAUAUUUAUAUACCGCCUGUCAUUUGAUUCAGUUUACGCACCAUACAGAGCCGUCGUUUCUUUUUCAUUCCCAUGUGCACAUUAAUAUAAUGAUUUGUUAUUUUGGGCUAUAUAGUUAAACAGAUUCGCUAUAAACGUCCGCCAUAUAUAUUGCAUGCAAAAUAUCUAUGCAGUCAAAGUUCUCUUGUUAGUUGUUAAAAAUUUUAAUAACUAGCGCUGUUACUACCAUAACGGUUAUUUAAAUGCUAAGCAUUCACUUGCACAAGGACGUUGCGCUGGCGAUGGGUUUAUUUGCUGCACCAUGUUAACGUACGAGUAAUUAAAGUUCGCAUCCGCUUGUAAAAUAUAGACAAAA